AUGUUCUUAAAAAAGUAUAAGUUUCAUUUCUUUACUGUUUAUUUUCUUUCUCUAAUUUUCUGUCUUUGCCAUUAUUUCUACUGGCUUAUCUUUCAUUGUCUUUAUUUUUCAUUUUUUCAUUCAUUGUUUUUAUUUCUCAUUUUCAUUAAUUCUUCAUCUUUCUUGUUUUUUUUUAAUCAGACUGCCUUCAUUUCUUUUUCAUUCAUUCUUUGUCUUUAUUUCUUUUUGCUUUUCAUUUUUUACUUCUUUCAUCUUGUUUUUUACUCAAACUACUUUUAUUCAUUUUUUUCCUUCAUUUGUUUUCAUUCUUUCUUUGCAAUUAUCUCGUCUUUCAUUAAUUUUUCAUCUUUCUUCUUUUUCACUCACUGUCUUAUUUUUUGUUUUCUUUUUUAUUCAUUCUUACAUUUAUUCUUGCUUUUCAUUCUCUCUAUUUCUUCUUGUUUUUUUCAUUGUUAUUAUAUUUCAUUCAUUCUUUACCAUAUUUCUUACUUGCUUUUAAUUCACCUUUUUGUUAGUUUCAUUUAUGUUUUCCUUUUUUCAUUAUCAUUUACCCUCCUCUCUUUUUCUUCUCUUCCUUCUUACAGGUUUUCUUUCAUUCCCAGCAGUCUUUCCAUCAUUAAUUCUUUCUUUUUACCAUUUCCUUCAAACCUUCUUUUAUACUUUUAUUUCUCCUUUCAACUCUUUCCUUCCUUCCUUCAUUUUCUUUUUCCAUCACCAGUCUUCUUUUCUUUCCUCCAUUUUAACAUCUUCUUUUCUUUCAUUUUCUCUUCCUUUUAA